GGAGCCGAAACGUCUUGAUUCUGAAAACAGUGUCCAGAUGACUACGACUGAAACCUUUUCUACGAUCUCUGACUGGAAGUUCACCGGAGGCCGCUCCCUGCCAGCACACACACAUACAGACAAACACAGGAGGGGGACCAACUGGGGAAAAACACACAGAGAGACUAGGAAUGGUACGGCUGUACCAUGACAUGGAUAGUGAGCCAAUAAAAGGAAACUGAAAUUGGUGUAUUAUGGUCAAUUGUUCUAAUGUUAGUUAAGAUUCUAGCUGCAGCAUUCUGAGGCUUUUGAAGACUUUUAGUACUAGCACGCUGCAGGCCUGGCAACAAAACGUUACAAUCAUCAAGUGUAUACAAAACAAAGGCUUGAAUUAGGGUCUCUGCAUCAGCCAUGGACAGAAAAGACUUAAUUUUAGCUAUAUGUUGUGUAAGUGAAAAAAGGCCAUCUUGGUGAAUUCUUUAAUGUGCUGAUCAAAUGAGAGGGUAGGAUCAAAUGUAACACCAAGAUCCUUGGGUGUUUAAGAAAUCACACAGUUAGUGUUGAUGUCACCAGAAGAUCAUUCACCUCUAAGUGCAGUUUAAGAUUACUGUUAAAUAUAUGGGCCGAACCUUUCUGAGACACAACUCUUUCAAGUACUUAAAUAAUGGUCAGAGACUGGUCGAUAAUAAAGAAGGUAUGGAUGAGCAGGCAGAGGACCUGCAACUCACCCUGCUAAAGCAGACAGUCCAGUCAGGAUGGCCAGAAGAAAAGAGGAAAUGCCCUUCCACCAUUCUAGACCAUCAGAACGUCUGAGAUGAAACCACAGUGUGAUGGAAUACUAUUACAAGGAGAAAAAAUAGUACCAUCCACUUUUCAAAACUGCAUGUUGGAGCACAUUCACACCGAACACAUGGGCAUUGAAAGGCGCAAGCAAAGGGCAAGGAUUUUCUUAUCUGGCCCAGCAUGGGUAAAGAUAUCACCACCACUUUGGAAAAAUACUCCAUAUGCCAAGAACAACAUGCCAAAUCUAACCUCUCGUCAGAUACCAAACAGGCCAUGGCAGACUAUCACAACUAUUCACAUAGAACAGAGAGGACUUCUCAGUUGUUGUGGAGUAUUUCAGCCGAUAGUUGGAGUUGGAAAGAUUACGUAACGGGGCACAUGCUAAAAUAAAACAGGUCAAACAAUACUGGGACUUCAGGUCUCCAGAGUUUGAUGAAAUUCUUUAUAACUUAGUAUCGAUUGUUGGUGGAAAGUUUUUAAUGAGCUCCUUGGAGGCUGACGCAAUCUAAUAAAAACUCAAACAUCUCACUCUCUGAAUUUUGGAGGUGAACACACACCAAAUACAUUUCAAGGUCAGGUAUCUUUUUAAUGAAUAAGACACCAGUACAGGUUAGAUGUCUGUGUAAUCGUUAAAGUGAUACUCCUUUUUUGAAUUAUUAUUCAUGGAAACUGGUUAUGUAAUCUGCCUGUUUUAUUUUUGACCAUUUAUUUUAGAAAACAUUAAUGGAUGAAUUAAAUGUUACAUAUAUAACUCUUGGUGGGCAUGUGGAAGUGAACACACACAGAUACGUUUAUUUUGUGAUUAUGUUCACAGUAUAUAUUCUAAUAAUCUGCUGUAAUUCUACCAUUGUGUACCUUGUCUGGAAACACAAAAACCUUCAUGAGCCUAUGUACAUUUUCAUUGCAGCUUUGUUACUGAAUUCUGUUCUUUACAGCACUGCUAUCUACCCAAAGCUUCUGAUUGACUUUUUAUCCGAAAAACAGAUCAUAUCUUAUUCAGCCUGUCUCUUUCAAUUUUUUAUAUUUUACUCUAUAGGUGGUUCAGAAUUCUUACUGUUGGCAGCCAUGGCCUAUGACAGGUAUGUGUCUAUAUGUAAACCUCUGCAAUAUGCAACUAUCAUGAGAAAAACCACUGUGAGUAUCUUCCUGGUUUUAGCGUGGCUUCUGCCUGCUAGUCAUAUUGCAGUCCCAGCAAUACUGAGUGCUGAAACUAAACUUUGUAACUUUACUUUAAAAGGAAUAUUUUGUAACAAUGCAGUUUACAGUCUUCAAUGUGUAAGAUCAAGUGUAAUUACUAUCUAUGGUUGGGUUGGUUUAUUAGAUCUCACAGUUCUCCCUGUGCUCUUCAUAAUUUUUACGUACACAAAGAUACUUAUUAUAUCCUAUCGUAGUUGUAGAGAAGUCAGGAAAAAAGCCGCAGAGACCUGUUUACCCCACCUGUUGGUUUUAAUCAGUUUCUCCUGUUUGUGUGCAUAUGAUAUCUGCAUAGCUCGAGUGGAAUAUAAUUUUCCAGAAACUGCACGCUUAGUAAUGAUGUUACAAGUGGUUUUGUAUAAUCCAUUGUUCAAUCCACUCAUAUACGGGUUCAAAAUGAAAGAAAUUUCUAAACACCUCAAAAGGUUGUUCUGUACAGCCAAAAUCAUUUGAUGUAUUGACACUGAUUACUAAUGUACAGUCAUUCUUUCAGAAAUAAUCAUACAUAGAUGUGAAUGCUUGAAAUGUAUUUAAUGUGCACAUGCUUUGCUGUGUCCACAGCAAACAGGGCUCUGGGUGUAUUGAAAAAUUUAAAUAUUUAAAUUCAUUAAUAUAAAUUGUAUUAAUGUCUUAACAACGCUGAAAGUGUGUACAUACAUGUGUUCCAGAAAUGUGUCAUUCUCAUUCUAUUGCACUUUACGGAUUGUAAUUUGCCAACAUGUGUAUUUCAAAGAACGUUUUUCACAAUAUUUGCAGUUCCCAGCUAUUCCACUGCUGCACAUGCUGACUCAGUAAAAAAAAAAAAAAAUCCUUAAUUUUCAUUUCAAGCUGUGACUUUAGACCCUGUGAACUUGGACUAAUAGGAAAAGAAAGAUUGUGUACGUGCAUGAGGGUUUUUAGUGUGUGGCGGUCGGUGCUCUGACAUCUGACUAGAAAAUCAAGGCAGAAGUGGCCUUUUGACAAGACUGAAAUGGCAGAUAUGUUUGCUACAAAACAUUUUUUAAAUUUACGAGAGAAAAAUAAAAACAAAAUAAACAUAAAAUAAAUCAUAA